UCACUUCCCAAGCCUGACAUCGUGCAUUGGUCCGUUCUUGUUGAUUUUGGUAUUUGCUUGUUGUUUUGCUUGCAUGUCAGAUCAAACUGGGGUUGAAAAAUAAUAUUAUCGUGAAUAAAAUUGCAACAUAUGGUGAUUUAGCAGAUUCAUGUGAAUGCUUGUUGAUGAGAGUGCUGUCAGUUUAAAGUGCAUGCAUCUUUUAUCAACCUGAAAGGAUAUGCUCUUAUUCAUAUGCAGAUCAUGCAGUAAACAGAUCACCUGUCAAAGUAUGUGCCAUCAACCGUUCUGCUUCAUCAGAAAUCAAAACAACUGUUCAUGUCCUAAAAGGCAAGGAAGUUUAUGCUACAGAGGCAAUAAAGAAGAGGGUCCAACAUGCCUAGAGUUGAUGAAUCCAUGGAAUGGGCCCCUACCCAGCACCAAUCAGAAAGAAAAGAAGAGAUCAUCAUUUCAAAGAAAAAGAAGCUUGUCUUCCUCAAUGAUUCCGGUUCACAUGCCUCCAAAAGUGGAGUUGUAUGUCAGACACAAGAUUCCAUGAACAGCAGAACAGCUCUGAUUUGCCCGGAGGUUCGAGGAUGAAUUACCAUCUCGGGUUAAAUGUCACUUUAGUGUGGUGGGACGCAUGCUUUUGGGAAUGAAUGAGGUGUGUACCUUGAUCCAUCCACUUGUACCCACACUAGUUGUGAUAGUUACACAAAAGGUGGUCCUCUGUUGUCCUAGAAUCUCCGGAGGACUCCGUGACCGACGGGGCGUGACAAUGUGGAACAGUUAUGAGCUUUACUUGGCUUGUGUCGCAUCGACGGAAACUCGAGUGGGUCACAAACAGCGAAUGAGUAUGGCGAAUCCAGAUGUGGAGAUGGUAAAUUGUGAUCCCGAUGGCUCGAAUUACUCCCAAGGUUGAGAAAGGAACGAGGUGAGAUACCGGAACUGCUUGCUUGAUAUAGUCAAAAGACAAAGACGCGUCCGGGUGGCGCUGCUGCAUAUCUUUUGACCCUUCACACUGACUUCAUGGGCACGUUAACCCUAUUUGAUUACAAGAGUUAAAGGUAAGCAAACCUCUUUCUACUAUUUUGACACUAGUCAUUUCCUCCACGUCUUUGUGCAUAUCUAUAUUUGUAUAUAUAUAUAUAUAUAUAUAUAUAUAUAUAUAUAUAUAUAUAUAUAUAUAUAAUUUUCUGCUGUCAUUUUUACGGUCCUACCACUGUCAGCAUGAAACCAAAGUAUGGACAUCUCGUCGGGUCUCUUUCUUCUUUUGCUCUGCAGCGCAGCUUUACUUUAUUCUUCCACCCCCUCCCUCCCACACCCCAACACCGCCACCCCCCCUCCCCCUUCUGUAUUCGUUUGUGGUUCCGGCAAGCAGAGGGAGUUUACGACCUCCUCUGCUGCCGCUGCUGAUAGACUCUUAUAUACAUCGGCCUCUCUUCGACCCAAAGAGGCUGAAACCUCUGCAUGAUCUUAAUGUGGUGACGAUGGCUUGAUUGUUCCUCCUCUUGUUUUCCUUUUCUGUUCCUUCUUUUGUUGAGUAUUUCCACUAUUUGCUUCUUAAUCGUAGAAUGGAAGCCACAUUGACAAGUCUUGAGUUCGAGAGCUUGGCUAGUGUAAUGGCGUUUUAGGGCUCUGUUGCUGCUGCUGGGUGAUUUGGAUCAGGCCGGUCCUCGAACCCUCUCUUGGUUGACCUCCAGUUUCAUGUCAAUGUCGUCCUGGAGUUGCUAAUAUAGGGGUCAUUUUCGCUGUUGACAUUAAGGAAGGAAUAGGUAAAAAAUAAUCAUUUUUCUGGUGGGGGGAUUUCUCUUGUUUGGUACUUGACCAGGGACCUGUUCUUGUGCUUGUUCUUGUUGGGCUUUCUCCUCCGCGAAUGAAUUAUAUACCGAUCAGUUAAGUCUUGCACCAAGUUCUUGGUGAAACUGCUCAUCUUAGAUUUAGCCUUUCCAAAGAUACACAGAUCAUUAGGGUGGUUCAUGCGAUAUCACAAGCUUUCAUUCGUAAGGUCCUUUGUAAAAUGAGUAAAAUGGGUGGCAAAUCCUCCGGGGAUAUUGAAGAAGGGACGCACCACUCUCACCAGACUCAGAGCGAUGAAGAUAGCCUUUGCUUCUCAGAUGCAGAAGCACAUUCGUGGCAGUCGCCAUAUGGCUCCAACGGCGGCGGUUCCACUUAUGAUGAAGGUCGGGUCUCGGCUGCUUCCUGCCUUGAGAUUGAUGGGUCUCGAGAGCAUGGUAGAAAAUCCUGUGUCUCGGAGUCUUCACUUGAUGAUGAUGAUGAUGAUGAUGAUGAUACGGAGAUGGGGGCUUCGGAGGUAAAGGUGAAUAUAGAUAAAGUUGAGCGAGACUGCAGGAUUUGUCAUCUCAGCUUGGAGAAGGCGGCUUCAGAGUCGGGUGUAACAAUUGUCUUGGGCUGCUCCUGCAAGGGUGAUUUAGCUGCUGCACACAAGCAGUGUGCUGAGACAUGGUUUAAAAUCAAAGGAAACAAGAUCUGUGAGAUUUGUGGCUCGACUGCACUGAAUGUGGUCGGUGUGAGCGACACCGAGCCCAUAGAGCAGUGGAGUGAAGCUAACACUUCUCAAGCACCGCCUGCUGUGCUGCCAUCUGAAACCCGGAGCUUUUGGCAGGGGCACCGUUUACUUAAAUUCCUCGUUGCAUGUUUGGUGCUUGCCUUUGUUGUUUCCUGGCUCUUCCACUUCAAUGCUCCAGGCUGAACAAUGGACAGGUUUGUGGGUAUUAAAGAAACAAGGGUAAAGCAGUUCUCUCUUGCUGCUCAAAAACCAUCAGCUGCAACACCAUUAAAACCACCAAAACAAUGAGCUUGUUUUGCAUUGAAGGGAAAAUGAUCAAGCAUACUGGAUGUGAUGAGGCACAUAAGAAGUUAUAGAUGUAGACAUCAAGUUUGUAGUGAAACCAAAGCCAACUUUCCACCUUACUUUAUUGUCCCUUGUUGUAUGGUUCUGCCAUUUUGUAAUUGUCUCUCCUUUGUUCACCAUUCUACCAUCAUUAUCCAGUGUUCUUUUAUCUUAAUAACACAUUCUUGCUGUAGCUUA